UGUGAUGAUGAAACAUGACACCUAAGGACUAAAUGUCGUUUCGGUAAAGUAAAUAUUUUAUCGUAAAGUUGUGCAAACCUUUGUAGCUGGCUGUGCAAUUUUAUGACAUAAAUGAUGUCAACAACACACACAGAUGAUGUAAACAACACACACUACCAUGAGUAGAUAAAUGAGAAAUGCAAGCUCGGGGUUGUUUUUUUGACCUUUAAUCAUUCAAGGCCUGGAAACUCAGUUCAGACACACUGAAUGUCUGUAACUCUCUUACUCCACAAAGAACUUGAAGCUUCAUCUGUCCAUACUGAACUGAGUACAGGACCAGCAGGUCACAUAUGUCAGAGUUGGAAAUGGGACACAGUCUCGAAGUCUCCCGAUGCAUGUGUGUCUCAAUGUGGCCAGGCUGUCUAUUUCCACAUCAGCCCACUGCUGGAGAGCGAAGGCACUGCAGCUGUUCGAGGAAAUGAAGUUACAGGUUUCACUCAUGGUGAGCAUUACUGGGAGAUCGAGUUUCUGGAACCUCCAUAUGGCACCUCUGUGAUGGUGGGAGUUGGUACCCAGAAUGCACUUCUGCAUGCAGCAGAUCGGCAAUUUAUCAACCUUAUAGGUAUGGACGCUGAAGGUUGGGGUUUGUCAUAUAAAGGCAUUCUCUGGCACAACGGGAAGAGUAAGAAAUACACAGAACCAUUCUACGAGAUAAACACAGUCAUCGGAGUUCUGCUGGACUGCAGCGCAGGAACAUUAACAUUCUACCGCAAUGGAGAGAACCUCGGCCUGGCCUUCUCUGACCUGAACCAUGUUAGUGGGGCUUUGUACCCGAUGGUGAGCUCCACGACCCCAGAGACCGAGCUGCAGCUUGUCAUUAGAUCAUCUCGCCUCGCGUCUCUACAGGAACUCUGCAUACACACCAUCACACACUGCCUCAGCCCUGGACACAUACAUGAACUACCUUUACCUACUGCAUUAUGUCGCCAAAUAUGCAACUAUAACACAGACAUAUUACACACAUGCUGUGAUGCUCAUACCUAAUGCAGUAUAACAGACACAUGACCUGGGAUUUGUUUUCAUCUUCAAGAAGCUGAGUAAAGCUAUUAAAGAAGUGUUUGUAUGACUUCGAAAAAAAAUUCUAAAUACAGCUUACAAUUAUGCAUUUAGGUACUGAUGAUAACAAGCCCAAUAUUAAAGCUACAAAUACUGAACUGCAUUUUAUUUUAAGAGCUAAAUUAUCUGUAUUUGUUCAUGUACUACUGCAGGGCAUACUAUUACACCUACAUGACCUACAUUCACAAAAACCCUCUACAACACUAAAUACCACUGUAUACAUUUUAUUACUUAUAUACCAUUUAUUACCACAUUUACAAAAGUACAGAUCUAAAAAGAAUGACACAGUGAAGAUGGAAGCUAAAACCUUCAGCUUUCCACCUAGAAGGUAGAAAUACAGAUAUCCACAGCACAGGUGAUCUGGAUGGCACUGGGAUGAGAUUUACAACAAAAAGGCACAAAGUUCACAGAUCUGAGCAGAGGAAGGAGACUCAAAUGGCUAAAAUCUAGAACACCACAAUCUAACGCCUAAAACUUCAAUAAGGCACACGAACACUUGGGAUUUGGGGGGGUUCACUAAACGUUUUUACCACUGUUAUGCCAAAAUGUACACAGGCACAAACUGGAGGUUGACCUACAUACACAGUAAACAAUUACGUUUCAACAUGGAGGCAUAUGACACCGCACUGAGAUCGAGUAAACCCUGUUCAUCCUGUGCCGUUCCCUAUAAAUAGCAAAGUGCAUUAUGGUUAUUUUGUGCGUACUGGACACCUGCCUAUUGCAGUUCAUUGUAGGGUGUCAUGAAUGCACAGGAUAUUUUCCACUAGGCUGCAAAACUCACAAAAUGGUGCACUACACAGCGAAUAGGGACUGGAUUUUAAACUUGAUGGGGAAAAGCAACCCACUGUGCAAAUAUUUAGCCACCUUUCGAUCCUGUGAUGGAAAUGAAAUACAGAAUAAUGGAAGCUCCUUUCAGCAGAAAGCACCCUGUACCCCACAGGCAGAUAGUGCAGUAGUGCGAUGUUCAUGGAAACAUGGGGGACAGUUUCAUCUAUCAUUUUUUUUCCCCAGAGUGUGAAUAAACAGGAUAAUAUAUGGAUGAUAUGGAAUAUGGAAAAGGUUCUCGUUUAAUAUUGAGUCCGGGGUGUUCCAGCUCUGUUCUCUUUUAUAGAACACUGAAUAAACAGUUAAUAUAAGAUUAUUCAGGGCAAGCUUUCAAGUCCCAAAGUAAAAAAAAAAGCAUUACAUUUUUUGGGUAAAAGAAGACUUAAGGGUUAGAACCGAACAGCAUCACUGAAGUAAACCCAAUUGCUUUCUCGGCUGCUGUAGAGGCAGAAAAUAUCAAAUGUUUUAAUAGAAGAUCAACACAGCUCAGACGUCUGGUCUUGAAUCUUCGGUCCGUGCUACUUUCAUUCAUUUCAGUAACAAAUCUCAGCAUUAAGCCCCAAUCUAAGUGCUCAGCGUUAAUAACAAUAAGCUGAGCCUCUGAGGAACAUGACUGAAUGCAGGACAUUGAUGCCUACGCUCUGGAUGCAGAGGUAUUGACCAAUUCAGGAUCAGCUCCCCCUGUCCUUAUGAUUGUUGUCGACUCAAUACAAAACCCAAAUUAGAACUGAAUCUAAAUUAGCACUCAUGACUGAAAUCUGUUUAUCUCUACUAUAUAUUAUAAAUGUAUAGCGAAUGUGUGUGAAAUAUAAUAUGCAGAUGUGAAGUAUAACUAUUUUAAAAAACCUUAAGUCUCCUCUUCAGUCAGCAUCAGACCACUAUAGAAAAGAAAAAAAAAAAAAAGAA